GGUGGCUGCUAUAAAAGUGAAUCAGUUACAUCACACAGUGAGACAGGCAGGGGGGCUACAAUAUAAAGGCUCAAACACAGCAUCAACCAUCCCCAGAGACAGGACAGGUGAGGUAGACACGGUCGUUCAGGAGGUUCGAUAAGGUGAACAGAUUUUUGAAGGAAUAACCAAGCAAGAAAAGUUGUAGGGAGACAUUUAGCUGUAGGUUACUUCUGUGGUGAAGCUACAGGUGGAGACAAGAGGCAGAGAAAGGCUGAAUAGUCAGCCAAGAAGGCCACUGAAUUUUUGAAUAUUUGGAAAGCUCAGAGCGGACCAGACUGACAUUGGACCUUCAAUUUUAGAAGUCACAUCCUUGUUUUUGUCAGUUUAGUUCAGUUUUUUUAAUGCCAUCCUUUUGGAAGAACCAUCUUGAGUUGAGUUUUUAAGUCCACAAGAUAAUUCUCAAACCUCAGGAGUUGUUACUAUCAGAGCCAGUUCAAGCAUCAGUGCUAAAAUGUGUUCGGGCAGCUUUGCCAAGUGUCUGGGGAUCACUCUGAUACCUCUGGCGAUUGUGUGUGUGCUGUGUAACAUCCUGCUCUUCUUCCCGAGUGGAGAGUCUGUGGAACGCGAUCAAAUCACAGACGAAGUGUUUUACCUUGGAGGCAUUUUGGGAUCUGGAGUGCUUAUGAUUUUCCCAGCUCUGGUCUUCCUGGGUCUGAAGAACAAUGACUGCUGUGGUUGCUGUGGCAAUGAAAGCUGUGGGCGGAGAUUUGCGAUGCUGAGCUCCAUACUGUUUGCAGCUGUGGGUGUUGUGGGGGCCGGUUACUCCGUCAUAAUUUCUUCUGUUGCUAUAAACCACGGACCUAAGUGUUUGAAUGGAACGGAGUGGGUUUAUCCCUUCAACGAAGGCAACUACCUGUCUGACCAUGACAUGUGGUCCCAGUGCGAUGCGCCAAAGGACAUUGUGCACUGGCAUCUCUCCCUGUUCUCUGUGCUGCUGGUGAUGGGUAUAAUCCAGAUGGCGCUGUGUGCUGUGCAGGUGGUGAACGGCCUGCUGGGAGCUCUGUGUGGCGACUGCUGUGGCUGCUGUGGAGGGAGCGAUGGAGCCGUCUGAGCGCUUCCUGCGGCUGUGAGAAUCAGAGUGCAGCUGUUCUUCCUGUAUUUAUUCUGGUUUUAGGAGGAUGACAGUUUCUUGCUUUAUGCUACAGUCAUCUUUUUUUUUUGGCCUAAGAGCUCAUUGAUUGCAGUGUGAGAAUAAUCUGACAACACUGGUGAAAUGACAGAGCUCAGGUUUAAAGGGAUACAUAUUUACUCUCUAGCAAACACUAAUCACUCCAUCUUCUCAUUAUUAGAUCUGAAUGUAUGUUUUCUGCCAUCUUUUGGUUCUUAUGUCAUUUCCAAAGCUACCUACUAUAAUUAAUAUUUUUCCUCUUGCUAUAUUUGUUUCUAUCUCUUGCCUUUUAGUGAUGUAGUGGAGCGGUGUAAUUUCAGUGAACUCAUUAAAUCAAUAAACAUAUAUAUUAUAUUUUUGAUAUUAAUAUGAAAAGCAGAUGGGAUCAUGAGACGUUAUAGCUCUUUUAAUGUUAUGUUUUAAUAUCUAGAUUAAUAUUAACAAACCUCUUGGAAAAAUAUAUGAUUCAUUCUCUAAUUAUCCAGAUGUAGAGUCUCUGUUGAGAUAAGAAACUAUAUUUUCUGUUGCAUGACUGCCCCCUGUUGUGCAUUUUGGUGUUGUGUAUAAGUCUGAAGGUGAUCGAAGACUAUACAGCAGUGGUCACCAACCCUGUUCCUGGAGAGCUACUGCCCUGCAUGUUUUAGGUAUCGGCCCACUCUAACAUACCUGAUUUUUAUUAUUAUUAUUAUUAUUAUUAUUAUUAUUAUUAAUCAAGGGCUACAACACGCAGGGCAGUAGCUCUCCAGGAGCAGGAUUGGUGACCACUGUUGUACAGCAAUGAUAUGCAUUCGGGAGAUUGAGAGUACCUGUUCUGCAUUUUUGGAAAAAUUAUUAUAUGUGUGACUCUGUAACUGUCUGUUGCAACAAAUUUCACAAGUUAUGGUUUUAAACAAAUGUGUUGUAACAUUUUUUCCACUCCGAACUCUUUGUUUUCUCAGUUAGUGGUGUUACUGAAGGACUUUUUUAAAUUUACUUUUACACUGAUAUUGCUGAGAAUACAUAUGAAUAUCACUGGGUUUUUGCACUUCUCUUUUAUACACUCUUUCAUAAGGCAUGUCGGCCUUCUUAUAUGACACUAGCUUGUGUGAUCUUUCAUUAAAGUAUAUAUUUCUCUAA